GGCUCAUUUUUUUCUCCCUCCUGCAGUUCGGAAAAAUGGCGGACAUGGAUGAAUUGUUCGGGAGUGAUGGGGACAGCGACAAUGAACAGAGAGGUAACUUCAUGUCUUAGCUCUUCAAAGAUAUCUUUAUCAAUAUACUGACUUUAUUUUUUCCACAAAUUUUGACAGAAGUUUUCUUUGUUUUGCUCGGGAGUAGAGGAACCUUACCGUAACUGACGUGUAAAUCUCUUCCGUGAAUCUACUGUAAAUUCAUGUUAAAUAUUUAUUUAAUUAGGGUGUUUUCUUUAUGUUAACUUCAUAAGAAAUGUGUUUACAUUAUCACCGUUUCCCAUUUCAAAAGCUUUUAUUUCCAUCUGUAGUUUGUGGUUCCUAACUGGUAGAGACAGCAGCAUACGGCGAAUAGAUGAAACUCUUUAAGUUUCUGAUUUUUUUAAAACGUGUUAUUUCAGCUCAAAUAUUAAACUAAUAAACACUAACAGUGCUUAUAGAAAACUUUGUUUUACAAUCAUGUUUGUUUUAUUUCAGUCAGCUCAUGGUGUCAGUGAAACCUCACAUCAAACCUUAUCUGAGCCACUGCAGCCGUCUUAGAUUAGAGUCUGUUUAGCGGUGGACAUGUAUUCAAACAAAUCCUUUUACUCUGUGUUGGGAACACACACUGAUCAGUCAGCCUGCUACCACACAGUCAGCCCCAUACUCAACAAAAAGCCAUGCACUGUUUGUUCGGACACUUUUCUAUCAGAACCAGCAGGAUGUUUUUCUGCUGGACUGGAUCUCAUGGGCCAACCUUAACUCCUCAUACAUACCAGUAAGUCUUGAUCACUUUGGUAUGAAUCACUGGUGGGAGAAAAAAAUCGAUUCACAUUAGUAUUGCGAUUUUUGGUUUCACAAAUUUUUAAAUCGAUUUUUAUGUUCAAAAAUUGAUUUUUUUUUUCAAAUUUAUCUUAAAAACUGACUUACAUGUUAUGAGUAUUUUUUUUUCUGUAAAUAUGGUUCCUGGAAUAGUCAGUAGACAAUCAUAAUCAUUAAACUGUUUCACUGGUGUUUAAAAUGCAGACUAAAAGUUGAGCGAAGCGACAAUAUCGUAGAAUUGCAAAUUAAAUCAAAUCGGCAUCCAAAAAAUCGUAGAAGAAUCAAAUCAGGAGAAAAGCAUUUCAUCCCAGCCCUACUCUGUGUUAGAUGGAAAUCUGGAGAUGCUGUGUCCCUGUUGUCUAGUCAUCAUAAUCUGCAUGUUGUGGAAGUCCUUGAUAUCCUUGCACUUUUGUAUGUAUCCUGCUUUCAGUAUAUCAUCCUUGUGGACAGAAGAACCCCCAGUGUUUCCUCUGAGGGAGCCCUCGGCACCGGGAGCAGUGGUCGCUCGUGGUUGCAGGGGCCGGCGACGGGGUUCCUGGUGGAGGUUGCUGUCUGACACAUCGCCCCACCGGCCCUGUGUCGGUGUCCUGUGGCUGUGGCUCUCUGCUCCUGGUGCUGACGGCUCCUCUAAUGGCGCCUUCUAAACUGGUUCAUCUGAACUCGGCCUCAUGUCCACUCUCUUAAUGUGUGUAUGUGCGGGUGCAUUGGCGUGUGUGUGUGUGUAGGCGGGGGGGUAAGAGGGCAUCUCGGAUAGUUUUUUGUUUUUGUUUUUAACAAGACUGUAAAGCACUUUGAGUCACAUUCCUGUAGGAAAAGCGCUUUAUAAAUAAAGUUUGAUUGAUUGAUUGAGGGUUCACUCGCUGCUUGUAUCUCUUUAAAGAGAUAAUUAAAGCUAGUCACUUCACUCAUUAGCAGGUAUAAUGUUAUGGCUGAUCUGUGUAUCUUUCCAUAUGACAAAACCAGAUAGAUUAUGCCGAAGCAUUUUCUCAAACCCAGCAGUGCUGUAAUCAGAUGAAUGAACUGUCAGUGUGUCACGCUGUGUUUUAAUCAUGACUGGUAAUCAGAAAUUGUGCCAGAGCACUUCAGAAACUGACAACUCUUAAUAUGCUUGAUUGUUACUAAGCAACAACACUCCCCCGCUGUGAACUGAUAGUAAUUUGAAAACGAGUAAAAAAAUUACACAACAUCAAAAAGUCUUUUGUGUUUCAGAAUCUGGCUCUGGAUCCGGCUCAGACUCAGAACAGGAGAGACCUCGAUCUGCCAGCAACGCCUCAGGGAGCGGCAGUGACAGUGAGAGGGAACGGGAUGAUGAUGAAGAUGAGGAAGGCCAGGAGGGAGGAAAACCCAGUAUGAAUAAGGUUUGUGGCCCUAAGCAGGUCCAGCAGUGUAGGAGGGACAUCAGUCAGACAUGCUCUGUGGUUAAGAAAUCAAACAUUUGAUUGUCAUUUUAAUCACAGCUCAGCUCAACAACAAAGAGAUAAAAUCCAUUCAAGAUUCAAAUGCUGCUUCAGCUCCCAUGGUGCACAAAUAUAACAAAAAUGUCUUCCAUUCAUAUUUUAUUUUACAUCAGUUUUCAUUUAGGUAACUCAAGACAAGUAACUCAAGACAAUGAACAGAAUGGCAGGAAUCUCAGUUUAUCACCACAUCUACAGAAAAACAGAAGUCUUCUCUCAGAAACUCUGAAGCCAACACAUGUUGGCUCACUCAAAUCCAUCCUUCCAUGAUUUCUUAGGUGUAAUUUGAUUUUAAUUUAGCAGCAUUGAAAAUAUGAGAAUUUUGAGUUUGUGAGACAAGCUGAAAUGGUCAUAUAUUUGUAAUUUAUCUUUAAAUUUCAGCACACAGUGUGUAAGUCGUGAUUGAUGAGUAUGACAGUGAUGGUAAAUCUGAAUAAAUAAAGCGUAGAAAAAAGUUAUUGCUGUCAGAAAGUAAGCCUUGAUGUUAUGAAGCUACUUUAGUAUAAGUUAUGUUUUCCCCAACAGCCCAUCAACCGUUUUGCCUCAGGCGUCAGGGAUCUUAUAAAAUCUGUAACUUGCACUGAAAAACUACAAAUAGUGAUUUUUUUUUAAACACCAGUUGAACUCCGUCUCUUUCUAAACUAAAGGAGCUGUUUGGAGACGACAGUGAGGAUGAGCAGCACAGUCAGCACAGUGGCAGCGACAACCAGUCUGAACGAUCAGGGAACCAAUCGGACGCCAGCAUGCACUCAGACCAGGGGGAGAAUGACCACUCUGAUGCGGAGCAGCACAGCGGCUCGGAGCGCGGACACCGAGAUGAGGAUGAAGAUGAGGAGGACGGGGGGCACAGGUCUGACAGAGGAAGCCCAGCUGGCAGUGGGAUGUCUGGAGCAGGAAGCCCUCGCUCUGAGCGGGGCAGCGUGCGCUCAGACAGAAGGUACAACAACAAGCACUGGAUGUUCCUUGUAGUUAGUUAAACAACAUAGGAAGCCAGAUGGGCUGUUUUGUCUGUACUGAUAGUUAAAUAUAUCAGUGGCAAUUUUUUUCUGUUUUCCCCUCAAACUGUGAAAAAGGCUCAAACUGCCAUUAUCAGAGUCUCACAAUGCCUCAUUCUGUUUGUUUAUUGGAACCAACUCCCCAAAUCCAAUAAACAAUGGUAUAAACCAUAGAAAUACAGCAAUACCUCACCUUUAAGAGGCUUAAUGACUGUUAAGUGUGUUUUGUGUUUUCUAAAUUAAUUAAACCAAUAAUCAGUUUAAAUUUCCCGUGAAAUUUCAGCUGAUCCUCCAAACCAUUAAGUGACAUUCACCGCAUCAUGAACUUGUGUUUUUGUUUACGAAACCUUGUGAAUACAGUGAUGACUAAGUGUUUGUUUUAAAUCCAGUAUACACAGUGACCCCCGUACCCCACAGUCAGGACCUGGUACACCUCACUCUGACGGAGAAGCUUCUGGCAGGGAGAACCAAUCAGAUGAUGAGAAGUGGGGGGGAGGAGCUAAGAGCGACCAAUCAGAGGAUGAGGAGGAGAAACGCCGUUACUCUGAUGAGGAAAGAGAGAAUUCUGAUGACGAGGGGCAGAGGAACAGGAAGUCAGGUACUCCCCUGAGUCUGGUGGAGGGUACCUGGAUCAUGAACCAGUCCUCAUGUAUUUUAUAAGAGAGGAUUAGAGCCAGAACUGAAGAAUUUGUCCUGAAUAUUUAUCUGAAAAUUAAGUUUGCCUGAAAGAUCCUUUUACAGUAACUGUCAGACGCUGUCAUGUGUUUUGAAACUUUUGUUUUUUACCAUGCUGCAAAUAUUUGAUAUGAUGAACUUGAUUUUAAAUUUCAUUUUGAAAAUUUCUGUUUUCCAGAGUCGGCCAAGGGCAGCGACAGUGAAGAUGAUUUCCUCAGACAGAAAACCAAAGCAAAAGCUGCCUCCGAUUCAGACUCGGACAGCGAUAUUGGAACAAAGAAAAGUAAGAAAGUGUUCACUUAUUACCUUUUUUUCACUCUGCAAAUAUUACAGUUGGUUCAGAGUCAAAACUGGAAUUUAAAAUCUGAGAUUUCAGCAUUAUAAGCUGCUUUAUCAGGUACUAAAACACAUUUCUUAUUGUCUUUGAAGCAAAAACAACAGCAGCAGACGACCUGUUUGGAGAGGCAGACGACAUCUCUUCUGACAGUGAUGCAGAGAAGCCUCCGACUCCAGGACAGCCUCUGGUAUCUGUCUGCUCUCUUGAUCUCUGUCUCUGUCUUUGCCUCUUUAAUUACCCCAAAUCAUUUUUUGUUCGGGUUCCCAAAUCUUUUAUUUCUUGAGCCUUUCCCUAAGCCUCUCAAAGAUAAUCCCCAUUAUCAAAGGUCAGACAUAUUUUUUAAUACUCUUUUCUCUUUCGCUCUGUCCCCACCUGUGUGUGUGUGUGUGUGUGUGUGUGUGUGUGUGUGUGUUCAGGAUACAGAGGAUGGGAUUGAGGGGGAGCAGGCAGAAGAAGAACCUGCACCUGAAACCCGAAUCGAAGUCGAAAUCCCAAAAGUCAGCACGGACCUGGGAUCUGACCUUUAUUUUGUAAAGCUGCCUAACUUCCUGUCAGUGGAGCCCAGGUCAGAACCUCAGCACUGUCCAGAAACUCUUUUUUUACAUGAUAUGUGUGGACUUUGAAGAUUUUGUUAAAUGGUUGAGGACGAAGCUAAAUUUCAGACACUUUCAAAAUGAUCAACUUUAUUCUGAUCCUUUCAAUCUGAAGCUGUUUGAGAAGAUUGUUCCAGGAGUUUGAUUCUAUUUUUAGGUAUUCUGUAUUAUUUGUUGACACUUGAUGACCCAAACAGUUGAAGUGAGGUUUUUAAAGAGAGACCUGUCUUUACCCUUUUUAGGCCUUUUGAUCCUCAGUACUAUGAGGAUGAAUUUGAGGAUGAAGAAAUGUUGGAUGAAGAGGGACGGACGAGGCUCAAACUGAAGGUAUGAAGGUUUUCUAUGUGUAAUUUUGCUUUGGAAAUAAAAUGUAAGCAGUAUCAUCUUCAAGACUUUGUAAAAGGUGCAUGAGUAUUGAAAAGAUUUUAUUUUCCUACUAUGCAGGUGGAGAAUACAAUUCGGUGGCGAGCCAAGAGAGACGAGGAGGGAAAUGAAGCAAGAGAGAGUAACGCUCGCAUCGUCAAAUGGUCUGACGGCAGGUUAGUGUUCUAUCACUCUGGAUAUUUGAGGUUAUUACACUGCGAACAGCUGCUUCUCUGUACUUUCUGUGCUUCUGAGACCUGUUUCCUGCCACAGCAUGUCCCUCCACCUGGGGAACGAGGUGUUUGAUGUUUACAAAGCUCCUCUCCAGGGAGACCACAACCACCUGUUCAUCAGACAGGGAACUGGACUGCAAGGACAGGCUGUAUUCAAAACCAAACUCACCUUCAGGUAACACUCCAACAUGCCAUUGUUGUAUAGGUGACCGCCUGCUAUAUAAAGCCAGAGUCUGGGACAUGCUUGGGAAAGAAUGAGUUACCAGGGAUACGCCUCCUCCUCCUCCUCCUCCUCCUCCUCCUCUUCUGUCUGGCUCUCUGACAGCCGUACAUGCACUACAUAAGCCCCAGGGUGCCUUUAAUUCCAAACAACAACAAUAGCAGCCUUCAUUCAAGCUCCACUCAGAAGUGUACUGAGUAAGUCCCUGGAUCACCUUGUGCAAGCUGGCCCUGGUUUCCUACCAGUGAGAACUGGUUAAGCCUCUUAGCGCCCCCGAGUCCACCUGGAUGUUCUGUCUUCUUGGGACCACAUGGGUCUAGUAGGAAAGUGGCCAAAGCUGCUUUGAAGCACUGCAGGCCUGUACACUCUCAGACAGGACAUUACCAUGUGUACUGAUCAGGUCUGAGUUUGACAAGGUUUUAGACUGGAUCUGCUGGAUGUACUCGUGAUUAGUGAAGAGUUAUUUUUUAAGAGCAGACCGUAAAAGAACAGAAACACUUGAGCUGAAAGUUUAUAUUCACUAGCUGGUUAAUCAAUGAGGCUCCGAUCACAAUCAAUUGUGUGAUCUUCAGGUAAAAGUUCAGCUUCACCUGCUGCAAAACUACCUCAACUGGCCACUCCUUGUUUUUGGUGCAGGAUCAUGAACUCAGUAUGAGAUGAGAACUCAGAUACUUAAUUGAACUUCUCCUUGUUGAGUAAUUUAAGCGUUUAUUUAAAAAUGACUUAGCUGAGGCGGACACAAACUUCAGCAUCUAUGCAGACAGAAACAGGAUUAAAAAAUGCUUAUUUCACAGGAAGUGAUGUUGUACCAAAACCAAAACAAAUGUGAUUAAAUAAAAGCAGAAGGAAGAUAAAGGACCUGCUCUGAGGGAACAGUAUGGGGAAAACAGCUCAGCAGUUUUUGUUUUUUUGUGUUGGAGGUUUCAAGCCAGAAAGUGUAAUGUGUGUGACCCUGUGUAGUUUCUCUCCCAACAAAGUUAUGUUUACAUUUAGCUGACUUCAGCAAAAGACAUUGUGUACAUCUUUGCUCCUUAAAUAUGGCCUCCUUCAUACACAUCACACUACAGCAGCUGAUUUUUGACCUCACUCUUGUUUGUUUACACUGUAACUUCCUCUGUCAAUCAAGACAAGCAUGAAACUAUUUGAAUAAACACAAAUUAGCUUUCCAUACUGAUCGUGUUCCUGCCAAAACUUGUAGCAAUGUCAGUGUCUAGAAAUGUACGUGUAAGUAAGUGUAGGUUAAGACUGGCAGGGCAUGGAGCAAUGUUGUUUUUGCCAAUGUAUUACACAAAUGCAUCAGUUUUCAUGGUUAACGGGGCUUUUCUUGCACAUUACCAAGAAAUUCAGUUUAAAAACUAAAGCCAGGGAUAAAAAAGAAAUUCUGCUCAAAAUCGUCUUAAUGUUUUACGGAAUGAUUUGAAAGUGCUGUGGACUUUAACUGGAUUUGUUGUUGCUGUUGUUGUUUUUCUUCAUAUUUCCAGGCCCCACUCCACAGACAGCGCCACUCACAGGAAGAUGACCCUGUCCUUGGCUGACCGCUGCUCAAAGACGCAGAAGAUCAGAAUCCUUCCCAUGGCCGGACGAGAUCCUGAGUCGCAUCGCAACGAAAUGAUCAAGGUAACACACGGUCUCGUAUACACCCCCGUCCAUCUGCCCCUGUCCUGUUUGUCUUUCCUGUGCCUAGCUGGAGAAUGCUUUCGUUACCACGGAGACCGAAAAGGUCGCUCGGGGCCAGUUUGUGACAAGCAUCUGGCUCGGUUACAUAAAGUCAAACCCUGACAUGCUUACAUAAUGAGGUCACACAGUGCCCAGUCCAAUGGAAACAGUGUCAGCAAGUCAGAGGUGGGAAGGGGGAGGGGGCUGUGUAUCUACUUUCAACCCAAACAUGUUCUGCUGAUAGCAAACUUUAUAGUUUCAGGCACUCUGACUAACCAUGAGGAAGAUGUGGUGUGCUGAGCCUUUCUGAUUGUAAUGCACAAACAAGUUUAGCCAUAUGCCAGAUUUCCCUCAUGCUCACAUUUUCCAAGAGACAUGAUUAUCAUCUCAACUUGUAAAGCAUCCCCAUAAAUGCCACUACACAACAUUUUAUACCACACAUUUCCAAUCAUGCUUGUCAGUGGCAUUUGUGCUGGCACUUAACCACAACAGAAGCCAGAGCAGUUUGUUGUCUUUUGUUUGUUUCUCAAUGAGAUCUUGAUCCCAUUUGAAAGAGCCAAAGAGAGCUUAUUUAGCUGGGGGGGAUGACUGAGAGGGUUCUGACCAGGAAGCCUGCCCGAGUUGACAGACGGAGAUCUGCAAACAUUGAAGAGAAGUUUUAAGUUUAGUAAGGGCACCCGGGAGGUAAAGCCCCGGUUACAUUGUGACUACUAAGGUAGUUUACCACCACCAAGGUGUGACUGUGUGAGCGAAUGAAUGAUGUAUCCAAUUUAAAGAGCUUUGAGGAUCUCUGAUAAAGUGCUAUUUGAAAUCUGAUGCAUUAUUAUUAUUAUUAUUGUCUUUUCAAGAUUGGACUGUUAUGUCUUUUUAAAAAAGUCACAUAGGCACAAUAAUGUGGCAAAAUGGUCCUGCCUCUGGAGCUACUAACAGAAGCAGAGCAAAGAGAGGAAGCAGGGUCGCUCAUCUGUCCUCAGUUCAUGUUUUGAUACAGACACUUCGUUGCUUGAGUAAAUUGAGUAUAUGUUAAAAUUGCAGUCAUGUGCAAAAUACACUCUGGUUUCAUAAACUGCUGUAUAUUUUCCGUAGAAGAGUCAAACAACCCUUCAACAUAUCACAGUGAUUUUUUUUUUUUAAUCUAUUUUGAAAAUUCUUAAUUACCAGUCAGAAACACUGGUUUUCUGCAAACCACCUUCAAACGUGCUUCUACAUACCAUUAAUUCUCACUGCUGUGUGUCGACCUGCAGAAAGAGGAGGAGCGUCUGCGGGCUUCUAUUCGCAGAGAGUCCCAGCAGAGGAGGAUGAGAGAGAAGCAGCACCAGAGGGGCCUGAGCAGCAGUUAUCUGGAGCCCGAUCGCUAUGAUGACGAGGAGGAGGGCGAGGAAGCCAUCAGCCUAGCAGCAAUCAAGAGCAAAUACAAGGGAGGAGGAGGCCUUAGAGGUGAGGAAGAGUAGAUAUUUACCACUCACCUUCUCUCCUUAGUCUUAUCAUAAGUUUUUUGAGUCCCUGUAGCCGAAUCAACAUCCUGUUUUUUCCCCUAAACCAGAGGAGCGAGCGAGGAUCUACUCCUCAGACAGUGAUGAAGGCUCUGAUGAAGAUAAGGCCCAGAGGCUGAUGAAGGCCAAGAAGCUUGACAGUGAUGAGGUGAGUUUGGCCUUCUGUCUUUUAGUUUAAACAUAGAGCUUUAUCAGAUCAUCCUCGUUCAGUUGUCAAAGCCACUAAUUUAUGUAAAAGUGUUUCCUGCGGUAUUUUUUAAAUGUAACUUCUGAUCACAGGUUUAUGAAUCCCCAAAAUUUUCAAAAAACUAGCAGUGUUUUACAGCAAGUAACAACUUAUUUAUGAUGACCACGUGACUUAUUAUCGAAAUAUGGUUAUGUGCAGAGACGUGUCAAACUAAUGCUCAACACACUGAAGUUAAUCACAAACUCCAGCAGGAGCGAUCAAACUGCCCCUAAUUCAAACCCUGUUAUGAUUACGUCAUUUUUGAGCUACCAUUGUCUGUUUUAGAUAGAUAGAUAGAUAGAUAGAUAGAUAGAUAGAUAGAUAGAUAGAUAGAUUGUCAUUGUGACAAGCCCAAUGAAAUUAAAAAGUGGCUUCACAGUCAGUGCAUUAAAAAAAGGGACAAUAAAACAUUAGACAUCAAAAGAGUAAAACCUGUGCAGGUUUUAAUGACAUUAAAACUUUGUUUUUCUAGAAAGUUUUCAUUCUUUCUAGUAAAAGAAUUGAAACUACACCCAUAAAUACAUAGGCAACACAUCAUCUGGCUUUCAUGGAGGCAUUGAUGGAGCGGACAGGGUUUGGGAAAAAGCUGUUUUGCAGUUUUUUUGUCCUGGCUUUGAUGGCCCUGUAGCGUCUGCCUGACGGUAGUAGCUCAAACAGGGGGUGUUCUGGGUGGGAUGAGUCCUUAAUGAUGUAAGUGGCUCUCCUGAAUUAGUAAGAGCCGUAAGGGUCCUCCAGUGUGGGCAGAGAGCACCCGAUGACCUUCUCAGCCGUCCUAGUGACCCUCUGGAGGUCUUUCCUGUUCCUCAUUGUGCAGCUGGAAAACCAUGUACAGAGGCAGAAAGUGAGGAUGCUCUCCAUGGUGGAAGAGACUGCAAGACUCUUUGUGGCUUUUGUUGAUUAUUUUUCUAUUUGCAUACAUGAGAAACUACUGAAAACAUUACCCUGCUGUACAGAAAGGGGGCAGUGUGAUGCAGGACACACAGUGUAGGUUAAACGUGAACUCAUCCCUUUACCCUCGCAUGAACUGAAACAGGAUGGGGGAAGAAAAGUCCUCAAAAAACAUGCACUUAAUUCGGCACAGACUGUUUCUGCAUAGGGUUGUUGUUCUGCUAGGAAAAAAAAAAAGCAGAGCAAGAAUAACAUGACAAACUGAAAGUACAGAGGAGAGGUACAGUGUGUCUGCUGCUGUCAGCAUGGCUGUUAUUUCACAUCCCAGAGUCAUCUCCUCGGUUGUGUUUUGCGCAGGAGGGUGAGGGAUCAGGCAAGAGAAAGGCAGAGGACGAUGAAGAAACAGCCACCAAGAAGGCGAAGAAAUAUGUGAUCAGCGACGAGGAAGAAGAAGAGGAGGAGGAGGAAGAGGAUGAUGAAUAAUCCCUUUUUUUUUUUUUUAAUCAUUCCACUGUAUUAUCAGUGCUCAGAGCCCACAUGGCAUAUAAACAGCCGUAUCUUGUUUUGUAGAUUUUCUUAAGACUUACUUGUGGGUGUGUGUCUGUGUGGGUGAAUGUGUGUGCGUGUGUGAUUGUUUAUGUUCUGUACAGCUGAAGUGAAAAUAAAGAAAUGGUUGUCUUAUGUAACUGAAGUGUCCAAUAGACUUUUUUUUUUUAACACAUUUUGUAACAUAGUGAUUCAUAUGUAUGAGUCACACUGUUAUGAGAUUAUGAAAUAUACAGAAUAGUCUAGUUUUUGAACAAAAAGGAGGUUAAGGGGGUAAAUGAAGUGUUUUUUUAUUGAGAUUAAAUUAGGUUAAUAGCUUCACAGUGACACCCAUAAGGAAACACCACUUACCGUUUAAAGUCAAUGCAGUUCAUGAAUACAAAAAAAAGCACCCCGAGGAAAAAAGUGGAGAGGGUGGUUUGGGGAUACAUCUUAUCUGGUGUCGAAAGAACCAGCCAAACCCACCUAACAGGAGUGGCAAAAGAUAUGGAGAUUUAGGAGCUGAGACAAAGAAGCUACAGUACAGAGAGACAAGAUCCUUCUCAACCCACCUGUCAGCUCAGAGAGAAGUGAGGAAAGAAAAGCAGCAUAGCUGGGAAUAAUUGCUCUUUGAAAAGGAAAGGUUAGCAUCAGCAAAAACUCCUCUCUAUUUUUACCUCAUCUCUGCCAGAGUCCCAACUUUAAGACUCAACUACAACACACUGUUAUGAUCCCAUACGCAGUUCAACAUGUAGUGAGAGGAUUUUUUUUAUUAUUAAUUUAAAAAGUAACAGUAAAUGAACCCAACUCAAUUCUUAAAUAGAAAUGUUCUGAUUGAUAAAGUUUUAGCUGAAUUUAAGACCUUUCUGUAGGUCUACAGGGUCACAGAUACCUCCACUGGAUAUGAACAAACUAUAAAAUCUGAUUUAAACAUUGUCAUGUAAAGACUUCUUUAAAAUCCAGUAAGAGCAUGGCGCUACGCCGACAGAAUCGCACUGAGGAUUUUUAUGCUAAUGUUGGUUUGCGAACAAAUGGAACAGAAAUAUCCUAUUAGCCACCAUAUUAACUUUCUUUGUGUGUGUAAGAAUAAACAAAUUAAUGUUUUUCUGUGUUUCUCAGACCAAAGAUUUGUUCAAAUGUUAUGGUAUCUAAGGAAAUUUAUUUAUUUUGAUUCUACUUGAUAAGUUUUUAGUUAGCGUCUUACAGUUACAAACUAAUGUUACCAACCAUGGAGGUACUGAAAUCAAUGCUUCAACUUGUUACAAAUUUUAAUAAUAAAUACAUAUAUAUUUAUAAAAGAAAAUUUAUCAAGCACUUUAAAUAGUUUGAGCAUCCACAUGUACUAUCAUGACCUAUUUGUGACAACGACCGCAGCCCUGUUUCAGAUCCAAAAUUCCUUUGGUGGCCCA